GAAAUGGCUCUGAUCCAUGGCUUUUUGAAUUAGAAGAGAUUGCACUUGUUAAUCAUUAUCGAACAUUGAAAGCUGGCCAAUCAUAAAGCAGAAGCAUUAAAUGUAGAAAUCAGAAUGCCUUCAAGUCCGCGAAUACCCUUUCACCUACGAUGCAUAUUAUGCACUCAAGCCUUCGUUGUAGUCCGCGUUGGACAAAGAUACAGCUCAACGUCGCUGGCAAUCAAAGUUCUCAAAACCUGCUGACAUCGUGUCAACCAACAGGCAUCGCAUGUUCGGGUGAUCUUGACCUGGGUUCUCGCAAGCUUUCGCCCUUGUGAGAACCUCGUGAGGAACUGUUGAAAUUAUCAAUGUCAUUCUCUCCCGGCAUAACCCAUCAUGUUGCUGUGGCAGUUGGCUUGUCCAAAGACCGGCAAACCCAAAGCGCAAUCAACACACCACACCGUCCCCUUCACUUCUUUUUUCUUUGACACUUUUACAACAAGCAUUCUUAUUUUUUCGGGCCACUCCAGCUAGCUACCGGUACUAGUUUGCCUCCACCGACCAUGACCUGCCCCAAAGUCCAAGUCUUGGCAGAGCUUGCCGCAGAGUUGAGCGCACCCAGUGCCAAAGCGGCAAAUGCUGUUCCUUUGCUUCUCAGUCGGGAAGAUGACGACGAUUGUGACUUUUCGUCCUUUCCCUCCUUAUCCUUGGAGGAAACAACUGGGAACCACCAUAUCGGUAUCUUUUCUAGCAAAGGAGAUGUAGAAUCCCACGUCGAGUCGCUCCUCUCCAGACCUAUCUUGCUGGGUCAGCAGCCGGAGGAGCCCGAAGUGAGCGACAGUCUGGAUGAGUUCUUUGUAGAGCACCUCCACGCGAUCCCUCAAUUCAUGUUGAACAACUUUGGCAAGUCCUUUGCCACACUCAUGAACUCGAGAUUGAGAGCUUAUGCUACCUUUCUGGCCCGUCAUGCCGUGUCUUUGGCGCAAUGCUCGGAUGUGGAAGGGGUGAUUGGCAUUGAGCACAAGUUGGAAACCAUGUUGGGGAUUGGCAGUCAAGUCGCCACGAAUACCACGGAUCAGGCAUCGUUGCAGUUUGAGGUUGACUCUGCCAGGGCCGAGACGACCAGUGAAGAAGAUUCCGCUCAAGUGGUAGUCUCUGUGCCACUCAAGGCCAUUAUCUGUGUUCACAUUGCUCUUCCGCAUGUCAAGGAAGAUGACGGCGAUGAGCUCAUGAAGGUAUCCUUCCAGACCAAUGGAAAGAUUUGUGGUGUCUUUUCUGGCAACGACCUACGAGUCGCCGAAGUGAGCCUGAACAUGCAUGAACUUUUGACGGCGAUGGCAGGGCAAGCCUCCAAGGUCAUAUCAUGCAUUGUCGACAUGACCAACUCGGCCUUUGCGGUCCCACUUCCCUCCACGCCGCCCAUGGAAGACAACCAAGAGCAAGUCACCCACAACAUUCCCAAGAAGCACAGUCGCGAUGACGAUGAUGAAGAUACCAUCGUGUCUCUUUCUGCUGAGAACUGUGCCAACCUCGUGGACUGCCUCAUUGGCGAGUUGGAUGACACGGUCCUCAGUCCUCCGUGUGCCAAGAAACUCAAGGUCUUGGAAAAGCUCCCCCCGGCUGCUUGAGAGAACCCUCCGAGCCGCCUCAACGGGAAGCUAUCCAGCAUUGAACGAACGACUGGCUACAAGCCGCCAACCAAGCCAAUCAACGCAACCCUUUUGACCUACUACUACGACUACCGACCUGCCCCUUUUGAACCCAUGUUUCGUUUUAUACUCGUCUGAUUGUGACUUUACUACUACUGCUACCAUUACGGACGUACUUACUUACUUUUGAGAGACAACACAAGCUAUGCUAUGCGCUACGCCAUUUUUUGCUUGCCGAGAUACACACGCUAUAACCAGUUCUGACACUCAUGAACGCCUCGACAAGCUGAUUCUAAUAAUUUUAAUAACUCCAACUAAACCAAACCAGAAACACAACG